AUCAGUACCACCAGUCUGUAGUGUAAACACACAGGGACACACAAGGUUAUAGCAGCCAUUUCACCUGCAGCUAGUGUUCAGUACUAGAGGAAGAAAUACAGUACAAACAGUGUUAAAUCUACACAGUGUCUGUGCAGGGGAAACAUUUAUCUAAACCUGGCGUUUCUCUCCAGCAUGUAUGGUCUAUCUCUGAGGUGAAUCACGUUUUAGAGGAUUUUUUAUCAUUGAAGCCGUGCGUGGAGGUCACACUAUAAAGGAAACGGUUUAACGUUAGUGUGACACUGGGGCUUGUACCUGCUGUACAUUCUGGCCAGGGUUGACGAAACAUUAACAGUUACCAUGGUUACAAGUACUGAAGACAGAUCGGAAGAAAGUGAACCAGAAACUGUUUUCUACAAAGAAUAUUUCAGUUGAGGAGAACCCAUACUUCAUCCCAGGAAUUAUUCUGAAAUAUUUGUGAGAUCUAAAAGAGAAUUAAAUUUAAAACAAAAAGUGUUUAAUCCGUCACCAUGGAUGCACAACAUGGCACAAUGCCAAUUAAGGAUUUGGGGUCAUUUGUGGCCACCAAUAUACCCAGUGAUGCUGAUAUCAAAGACCACAGGUCACAAGACAAGGUGUAUAUAGGGCUACACCUACCCAAACAGAAUCGUCACAGACACAAACAUCGUCGCCACCACAAGCGUGAUGGCUCCAACUCGGAUCGGUCCCAUACCACGUCUGCCCCGUCUGAUGCCACGUCCCCCGCCCAAAGAGUGCAGUUCCUGCUUGGCGAGGAGGAAGAUGAAGAACACAAGGCCCAUGACGUGUUCUGUGAGAUGGCCGAACUUCUGUAUAAGGACGGUGGGGACGUGGAGUGGAAAGAAACAGCCCGAUGGGUGAAGUUUGAGGAGGAUGUCGAGGAGGGAGGAGAGAGGUGGUCCAAACCCCACGUGGCUACUUUAUCCCUACACUCCCUGUUUGAACUGCGGUGUAACAUUCUCCAGGGGACGGUGAUAUUGGACAUGGCGGCCGAUUCACUACCAUGUGUUGUAGAUGUUUUCCUUGAUAACAUGGUGGCUUCGAAACAGUUGGAAGAGCCGCUCAAGGAAGAAGUGCGGGACAUUCUCCUACUACGACAUAGGCAUCUCUACGACAAAAAACACAAACACGACGAAAAUGGGGGCAGCAAAUAUCACCUGCCCCUUAUACGUUCCUUUGCCGAUAUAGGCAGGAAGUAUUCCGAGCCUCGCGCUCUCAAUAACCACGGUAAGGAUACGGACAGCCCAAGCCCACCAGGAGAAGAACUUUUACCACCAGGCGCAGACAAAAAGUCAUCAAGCGUUCUUGACAUUAAUUACCUAAGUGCUGACGUUGGAUUACCAGGUGCUAAAAGUACACCAAACUUUAACAAUCUACAACGCAACAAUAGCACACCACGGAUAGAGCACCACGCCACACAGCCAGCCAUCCUGAACCAUAACGGAAGCUCGGAUGUCCUGGAGCACUCCUCCAGUCACAAGCGAUCGUUGUUGGACGUGAGGUAUACGGGUUCGUCAGAACAUGCGACUCACCAUGAUAACCAUACCAAGCUGAACAUGCAUUUCAUGAAGAAAAUUCCUAAAGAAGCUGAGGCGGCUAAUAUUCUUGUGGGUGAGGUUGAUUUCCUAAACUACCCAAUCGUAGGCUUCACUCGAUUACUUCAUCCUCAACUGAUGGGCGACCUCACAGAGGUGCCUGUUCCUACCAAGUUCAUCUUUUUCCUCUUGGGACCCAAGGGCAACCAAAACAAGUUCCAUGAGAUCGGUCGCUCAAUAGCAACCCUUAUGUCAGAUGAGGUGUUCCAUGACGUGGCAUAUCACGCCAGAAACCGUGAGGACUUGCUUGCCGGUAUUGACGAGUUCCUGGACCAGGUGACGGUGCUGCCCCCUGGCGAAUGGGAUCCCAGUAUCCGUAUUGAACCACCACAAAGUGUUCCAUCACAGACAAGUCGUAAGACAGCGCCAUCAGGUCUGACCCCAUCAGGAAAAGCCGAGUUUGAGGAGGAAGUAGAGGAAUCCCACGGUGAUGACCCCUGUCUCCAACGAACAGGCAGGUUUUUUGGAGGUCUGAUAGACGAUGUGAAGAGGAAGGUUCCAUUCUAUGGUAGUGACUUCAAGGACGUUCUACAUGUACAGUGUAUAGCCUCAUUUGUGUUCUUAUAUUUCGCGUGUCUGACGCCCAUCAUCACGUUUGGAGGUCUUCUUGGUGACGCCACAAAUAACAACAUGGCGGCGUUUGAGAGUAUACUUGCGGGAGCUAUCUGCGGUGUAGUUUAUGCCCUCUGUGCCGGACAGCCUCUGACAAUCCUCGGCAGCACAGGACCAGUACUGGUAUUUGAGACGAUCACAUUCCAGUUCUGCCAUGAUAUGGGGCUAGACUACCUGGAACUGAGGUUCUGGAUAGGAAUGUGGACUGGACUCAUCCUCAUUGUUAUGACAGCUUUUGAUCUCAGCGCUCUUGUGCGUUACAUCACAAGAUUUACGGAGGAGAGUUUCGCGCUUCUGAUCUCGCUGAUCUUCAUCAAGGAAGCCAUUGCCAAAGUGAUCAACAUCAAAGACAAGUACCCCAUCAACUUUCACCCAAACCUCUUCUACCCGUGUGACUGUCUCGUCAGCAAUAACGCCACUAACCUGACUUAUAUGUAUCCCAUUGAGGGCAGGACCAGGCAAUGGUCCAACUUCACCAAGAUGGACUGUAACGACCUGGAAGGGAAACUGGUUGGGGAGGGUUGUAUUGAAUACAAAGCUGAUGUCUUCUUCCUCUCCAUUCUCCUCUUCAUCGGAACCUUUACUCUAGCUUACUCCCUCAAGUCGAUGAGAAACAGUGCAUUCUUCCCAAGCUUUGUACGAAGUAUAAUCAGUGACUUCGCUGUUCUGAUUGCUAUCAUGUCUAUGGUGGCGAUAGAUGCCGGCUUUGGAUUAGGAACACCAAAACUGGAAGUCCCCGACAACUUUGCUCCCACCAAGCCAGGUCGAGCAUGGGUGAUUAAUCCUGUCGGUAAGAAUCCCUGGUGGACUAUUAUUGCUGCUAUCGUUCCGUCACUGUUGGCAACCAUUCUGAUUUUCAUGGACCAGCAGAUUACCGCUGUCAUUGUCAACAGAAAGGAGAACAAGCUAAAGAAAGGGAAGGGCUACCACCUUGACCUGUUCAUCGUAGCUCUGUUGAUCAUGGUUUGCUCCCUGUUGGGGCUCCCUUGGUUCGUAGCAGCCACCGUCCUCUCUAUCAACCAUGUGAUGAGUUUGAAGCAGGAAUCAGAAUGUACUGCUCCAGGAGAGAGACCAAAGUUCCUCGGAGUCAGGGAGCAGAGGGUCACUGGGAUAACCAUUUUUUUUGUGAUAGGAAUGUCUGUUUUGCUGACAAGUGUACUGAAGGCUCUGCCCAUGCCAGUGUUGUACGGAGUGUUCCUGUACAUGGGGGUGUCCUCACUUCGUGGAAUGCAGGUAGUUGACCGAAUGACGUUGUGGUUCAUGCCCCAGAAGUACCAGCCAGAUUUCAUGUACCUGCGACAUGUAAGAACCGCGCGUGUCCAUAUAUUCACCGUCAUACAGGUGCUCUGCCUCGCCUGUCUCUGGGUCAUCAAGACUAUCAAGAGUAUCUCUAUUGCAUUCCCCCUCAUGGUGCUAGCAAUGUGCUUCGUACGUAAAGGUAUGGACUGGGUAUUCUCUCAGAACGAGCUGAAAUGGCUGGACGACAUCAUGCCGGAGUCACACAGCAGGGCUAAGGAAGACGCCAAGAAACAGGAAAAGGAGGAAGUGGAGGGUGAGGAGAGCAUGCUUAUAGAUCCUAAUAAGUACACCCCCGGCCACGUGAAUCUGCCUCUCCAGACCGGCAGCUUUAUCAACAUCCCCGUGGACCGAGUUACUGUAGGCAUGGAGAUGGAACCGGUCAAUAUCUCUGAAGAAAUGGCGAAAACUACGCUCUGGAAAACGAUAGUGGCCAACGAAUCCUCUUCCAACCUCCAGGGAGACCAUGCUAAAUAUCACAAAUCCAAAUCCCCUGAUGAUGACCAUAACUCACAUGGCCAUCAUAAACACAAGAGUUCCAAGAAGAACAAGAUGCCAGUCCAGUUCUACAUCGACGAUGAGGAAAAAGAGCAACUAUUGGAGAAAAAGCGAGGCAAACCUGCAGAAAUUGAGAUUGUUGUGGACCCUCCAAGUACUAGAGGAUCAAUCUGUCGAAUCGACGAGGACACGACUUGUUAAACAUAGCCAAAAUAGUUGCAAAAUUUAUUACCAUUAUCAUAGACGAUUUGUUACUUGACCUGUAGGACCUAAUAUGCAAUAUAUAUAUAUAAAUAUAUAUUAGAUCUCCCCAGGGGGGCAGGGAGAGUACACAAUGUGAUGUGUAAGGGGGUUGUGUCACAUGAUCGCAUCAUGUGACAUACAAAUGUACUUGAAAGUGAAGGGGGACGUUCAGAACCCAAAACGUUCUGGAAUGUUUGCAGAAAUCGUUUUGCUGGUCUUGGAUUAACGGCGACCUCUGUUGCUGGUCCUGGAUUAACAGCGGCCUCUGUUGCUGGUCCUGGAUUAACAGUGGCCUCUGUUGCUGGUCCUGGAUUAACAGCGGCCUCUGUGCAGAAUGCUUUUUUAUGAACAGGAAAACAUUCCAGACCAUUUUCAGUUCUUAAUGUACAAAAUAUUUGAUUUUCAACUUGUUGUUUAUACCGGAUCCUCAUCAACUGGGAUCCUUAGUUUAUAAUUUUUGUUAUGAGUCAAUAGUUUACUCAGGUGUUUAUAUAGUCUGGCAGACUACCACUAUACAUAUGUGAUGUUGUGUCCACUUUAUUAUAACCUUGAAUCUUUGUAGAGGUCAGCAGGUUAAAAGUUCAAGGGUAGAAGGUCAUUGCUGUCUGUCAGUCCACACUUAUCCUUACUUAUUUCCUUGGCUUUUCAUGUGUUCAUUUAGAAUUUUUGACUCCAAAACUAUUCAUAUCUAGCCAAAUUAAUGGCCCAUUGUUAUUAUCAUUUGAUCAUGUGAUAGAAUUGGUAUGCUGCAGAUUUAUGGACCCAUGUGUAUUCAUGUUAUGAAUUCAUCAGAGCUAUGGCCGUUUGUUUCUUAACCCAUAUCUACAAUAACAGUUUUGGCCCUAGGUGACUGUAGGAUAUCUAUAAAAAUUAGAUACCUUAAUGAGAUAUGAUCUUAUUCGUAUCUACACAAUCUACAUCUACAGAGUUAUGGCCCUUUGUUUCUUAUCCAAAGCUACUGAGUCAUGGCCCUUUGUUUCCAAUCUCCAUAUACAGAGUUAUGGCCCUUUGUUUCCAAUCUCCAUAUACAAAAGUUAUUUUCCUUUGUUUGCCAACAUCAUUUCAUCCCCUGAUAUCUUUUUUAAGAGGUAUUUUCCCUAUCAAAUAUGGUUUAGAAAUGAUGUUACAACAUAUUUUUAAUAUAUAAAGAAGGCAUUGAGUGGAAACAGAGUACCCUAUAUUUUUGAUGUCUUUGUCAGACAGGUUUGAUUGUGAUGAGAGAGUUCUGCCU